ACUUAAUGGAGUCCUAGCGCUAGCUGUAUUAUUUUUUAUUUUAUAACUAAAUACCUUUAUAACAUAUUUACUAUGAAAAUUAUUACAUGACCAAUUCAAGUUCCCCUUCAGUUUGAUAUUAAUUUGAGACAGUCUUGUUUGUAGUUCGGUUUUUACCUUUAGAAAUUAAAACGUUAUAAUGCAUCCACUAAAUUCGCAAUUUUUCACUAAGAGCGUACUAAUUACAAUUUGACGAAAUUAUACAUAUUAUCCAUAUACAUAUAUAUGGAGUUAUUUGAAAAUUACAUUUUAUUGUUUGACCUUUAAAGAUCAUUAUAUAGAUCUAACCAAGUAUAAAUAUGGUUAAUGUAUUUUAUUUUACCUUUUGUUCAAUAAAUUAGUAUUCCUGGAAGUCGCUUCAUCUUUUAUUUUUAUAUUUUGUAUUUUUGGGUUCACCAACUUCCCUCCCUGUGAUCUGUGUAGACGUUUGUUAAUUUUAAUUAAUAAAUUAACUAGCGUCCGCGUGCAAAUGUAUUUUUAUUUUAUCGUCAAAUAGAGCCCCAGAAACUCUGAACCCGGUCGCGCUGGAUGUGGAAUAAUUUGAUCAUUUUUAUUUAAAGUAAAAAUUAUUCCUUCUGAAUGUAGUUGAGUCAGGUUAAAUUAACUAGAUUAGUAGAUAUUAUGUAUUUUGAACUUAAAACCCUAGUGAAUACAGGGAGAGUAAAUAAACUUAUAAAUAAUAAUAAUAAUUAUUAGAAUUUGUAAAAGAACAAGUACAUGAACUGAUACAUGUUCCCACAAGAAAGAAAUUUUCACACGUUAUCGUAUACGCGUUCUAUACCAUUCCAAUUUCUUGUACAUUUCCCUUGCUGGUUCUCUUGAGGGAUUAGGUUAAUUCGCAUGUACAUGAAAUUAUGCAUGAAAAUGUAUAGGACCUUGUAAGAGGAUUUCGUCUGAGAAUAGAUUACUGGUUUGUGAAACUGAAUAACAAUAAUCCUUGUUAAAUAAUGCCUAAUUUAAAAAAAUUGAAAACUCAAAUUUCUUUUUUUUAAAGAUGUACUUAUAAAAUUUUAUGAGUUCUUCCCCUUAUUUCCAAAUCAAGUUUAAAUUUUGUGUAGCUUUUCAUUUCGUGUAUUGAUUAUAUAAAUAUAUUUAAAUUUAUUUAUUUUUAAAAAGAAGAUACUCUAGUAAACAUUUUAUACAGACACUCCUUAUUUCUUAGAACCUAUUUAUUAUUUUUUUCGGUGGAAAAACAACACGAAGUUAUGUAUCUCUUGCAAUUGGCUAUUAAUUUCUAAUAUAUGACACGUGGCAUUAUUAGUUUUGCAAAAGAUAGAAACUUGAACUUGAAAAUUAAAUGCAUUGCAAUAAUUAACGGAUACUAUAAAUAUUUUAAUUAUUUUUAAACGAGUUUUUUGUUGACAUUCUUAUAAUUCUGCUUAAUGAUUUUAUUGGAAAAAUAAAAAUAAUCCAUUAAUGGUGUUUUAAGUUAGUUAAAUCUUUACAUGAAGAUUUAGUAUGUGUUUUAUGAGUCAUGUUUGAAUAAAGGAAACUAAGAGGACAAGUGAGAAAAGGUCGAAGUACAGUGCGAAGUAAAUCGUUAAUAUAAAUGCUGAAUCCUGUUAGCAUAACAGCUAAUAUAUUUAUUGAUAACUUUAGUCCUACAGUCAACUCUUGACUAGUGCAUACGUAAAUUAGAUAAUUUUAUAAUUAUAAAAAAAUUUAUCAACGCGCUUCACUUUUAAUAAUGCUUUUAUAUUUGUUUAUGGUGUUUCUCGCUUUGUUUCAGAUAUUUGCUUUAAAUAUAAAACAAAUGCCAGAAGAAAAAAAUAUAAGUGAGUCGAUUGAAUUAAUAAAAGAUUCUCAAAAGGAACAAUAUUUAAAUCAAAACUUCCAUAGCGAUACUUUUAAUUAUGGAUACAAUGUCAAAUUCCACAAUCAGUUUCACCAUCAAGUAAAAGAUUUGAGAGGAAUAACGUACGGUUGUUAUGGUUACAUAAAUGCGCAUGGGAAUCACACAGUGAUUUUCUACAUAAGUGAUGAAUGGGGAUAUCGAGUAAUACAUCCUAAAGGAGAAGUUAAUGUUUUUUACAGUAAUGUACCUUCAUCAAACUAUGAUCAACAUAAUGAACAAUCAAUUAAUCCUCAACAGGGAAUAUUAACUUCUUGGGAAAAUUUACAUUUUCCAUCAAAUUACUUUUCUCCAUAUCCGAGGAAACUGCAUAAGGAUCGGGAAAUUAUUGUACAAACUGAAAAACCAUCAACAACUGAAAUACUACGUGGUCCUUAUCCAACUGGAUCUCCUGGGCCAAAUGGACCAUGGCCUGGUGAUCCUGAAUAUCGUAAAAUUUAGACAUACUUGUAGAUUUUUUAUUUCAGAAAUUAAUACAAUAAAUCUAUUCUUCUUGAUGUAUAAUUGAGUAAUAUAAUAAAUAAUUAAUUGGUGUUUAUUCAAUUAUAUAUUAAGAACCUAAUUGAUCAGGUCGAAUAUUUUAAUAUUUAUAAUAACCUUUACUGAACUUUGCAACUAAAUACUCCGAAGUUUGUAAUUAAAAGGAAUUAAAAUUAAAUUUUGCAGUCAAAAGGAAAUUAAACGAAGUUGACUCCUGUUUCAGAUAUCCAAAAUUAAACAAAAUUCACUUUUGAUUCCGAUAACUUAAUCCGAAACAAAACAAGUUUUUUUGUAUUUUGUUUUGUUUCCGUGAACAAAAUGUUUACAAAUGUCAUAAAUUGUUAAUCGAUCUUAACCAAAAAUCUGAUCGUGAUGGUAUUUUAGAUUUUUUAAAGAUAGAUUACCAUUCGUUGGAACAAAUCUCAUGAAUUAAAAAUUGUAAAAUCUGCUUUUAAAGUUUCGAAAAUAAUUUAAUUUUCUAUUAAAUGAGGCAUAACAAAAAUGAAAAGAUCUUAAAUCUCUAAAUAAAUUUAUAUUAAUGAAAUUCUGCAAAAAAUACAGAUAAACCACUUAGCAAAAGUUAACAAAAUUAAUAUUAAAUUAAUUAAAGUUAGCAAAAUUUCCUGUAAAAAUCAGAUUUUAUCCCAAAGAAUUAAAUUUUUUGGCCCACGAUAUGUAUCAUGACUGACGUACGAAAAAAAAUUAUUACUCAUCAGCAAUCGAAUUUUAGUGAAAGGUUGAUCAAGUUUUAUUUCUUUUAUUAGAAUAAAGACAAUAUUUCUCGACCUAAAUCAAGAAAAACAUCGCUAAAUGACGCAAAAUCUCUUCAGAUGGUUAUAAUGAACUCAAAAGAACCAAAUACCAGUACAACUCGUUAACUUUUAUAAUAAAUGUAUAAUUUAUCGUACAAAAACUAAGGAAACAUACGUGUACAAUUUAAAUAACAUCAAUAUAUAAAUAUUCCAUUACGUGGAAA